GUGCCUUUUCUGAAAACUCUGCUGAUUGGAUUCCACUUUCGAGCUGCCUCUUUAUAAACCCCUCUCCCUACCACCAUCACUGCCACCUCUCCCCGCCCCGCCCCCCCAAAAACCCUGGUGUGCUUGUAGUUCAUUCUCAGCAACUCGUUCAUUCUUUUUUUCUUUGAUUCUCAAUUUUCAUAGUCAUUUUUCCUCCUCCCGAUUUUGCAGCAAAAAAAAAAAAAAUUGCAGUUGUAACAUCCUACCAAUCUUAAUCUUUAAAGCCAAGAGAUAGGUAAAAAACCUUUUCUCCCCUUGACCUGAGACUAUUCCACACAUUGACAGGCAGCCAGCAGCAUAUGCUUUUUGCAAGAAUAAUUGAAAAUAUCAACUGGAGAGCACAGAAUCCUUUUGAAACUCUGCCAGUUAUUUGAAGUAACUUCAGCAGAGGAAAAAAAUAAAGCAGUCAAUAUCUUAACCUUGACGGCUGCCUUCUUAGGAGUUGGUCUCUAAUUUGAUUUUUAGUUAUUCUGAUACGAUUUUUAUUUUAUAGUGAGCUUUUUGUUUGACUAGACCAAAUUUGACUUAAAUGAAAACUUAAGUGCUAACAAAGAAACAUUUCACCAAAGCAAACAGUUAUCUCUUCACAUUUAGCUUGAAUUUAUUUUUAACCUUCCAACAACAGCAGUAAUAGUAGAGAGGGUGCACUUGAUUUUAACUUUGCUUUCAAUAUGACGUCUGUCACUGUUGCCCUGGUUCGUGAUACCAAGUGGCUGACUUUGGAAGUCUGUAGAGAAUUUCAGAGAGGAACCUGCUCUCGAGCUGAUGCAGAUUGCAAGUUUGCCCAUCCGCCAAGAGUUUGCCAUGUGGAAAAUGGUCGUGUGAUGGCUUGUUUUGAUUCUUUAAAGGGUCGGUGUGCUAGAGAGAACUGCAAGUACCUUCACCCUCCUCCGCAUUUAAAAACGCAGCUGGAAAUUAAUGGACGGAACAAUCUGAUUCAACAAAAGACUGCUGCAGCCAUGUUCGCCCAGCAGAUGCAGUUUAUGCUCCAAAAUGGUCAAAUGUCAUCACUUACUUCUUUUCCUGUGACUCCAUCCCUGGCAGCUAAUCCUGCCAUGGCUUUCAGUCCCUACUUACCUCAUCCUGGGAUGGGCCUCGUUCCUGCCGAACUUUUACCAAAUGCACCUGUGCUGAUUUCUGGCACCCCGCCUCUCCCACUGCCAGGAGCUCCUGGUCCCAAGCCGAUGCGUUCAGAUAAACUGGAGGUUUGCCGUGAAUUUCAGCGUGGAAAUUGUACCCGUGGUGAGAACGAUUGCCGCUAUGCUCACCCUACAGAUGUUUCCAUGAUUGAGACAAGUGAUAAUACUGUGACCAUCUGCAUGGAUUAUAUCAAAGGUCGAUGCUCCCGGGAGAAAUGCAAGUACUUUCAUCCUCCUGCGCACUUGCAAGCCAAACUCAGGGCAGCUCAUCACCAGAUGAACCAUUCAGCUGCCGCUGCGAUGGCCCUGCAGCCUGGUGCACUUCAACUGAUACCAAAGAGGUCGGCCCUUGAAAAGACCAAUGGUGCCACCCCGGUCUUUAAUCCCAGUGUUUUCCACUGCCAGCAGGCUCUGGCUAACCUGCAACUCCCGCAGCCGGCAUUUAUCCCUGCAGUUGAAAUUCUGAACAACAGAGUUAUGGAGUAUCAGAAUCUCUCCGUGAGAACCUCCAUAUGGCCUUUCUAUAUAUAUUCACGUAUGUCCUCUUCUACCAACACAACAAUAAGCAUGGUGCAGUCGAUAUAUUAAACAAAACAAACAUACCAACCAACAAAUUCGAAUAAAAAACAAAGCAUCAAUCAAUGGAGAUGUUAAAACACCAACAGAAAACUAACAACUACCAUCUAUCUAUCUUAUUUGAAUUAUUAGGUAGAACAUCAUAACAUUUUGUAAUUGAUCACACUAUUCUUUGUGAUUUUCCAAUAACCAUUAUGCUGAGUGAAUCUCUAUAGUGCACUGCUGGCUUAUUGUGCAUUCUUGGUGGAUAAACGUUCGGUCUGUUUUGAAGUGUUACCUUACCGUUUUGUUUACACAAUAGUCUGUUGGUUUGAUUCAGAAUGUAACAGAUAUAUCCAAUACCAUUUUCCCCAUUAUUGUAUUGUAUUGUGGUGUGUUGUGUUAGGUUUUUACAUACUAUAGUGUUUUGCUGUAAUGUGUGGUGUUUGAUUUUAACUAAAAUGCUAUUAAUGGGAAACAAACACAUGUGCUUGAAAAACAUGACAGGUUAAUGUUGAUAUGCUCUCUCUCUCUCUCUCUCAAGAAUAUUUCUGUAGGUUUCUUGAGGCAGACAUUUAAAAGGCCUCACUUUUGAGUGUGUCCAAAACUUGUUCAUAAACAUGCAUGUGUAUAAUUUGUACCUGUAGAUCUGACCUUGCAUAGUACAAACACGUUACUGGAUUUUUUUGUGAGAAAGAAAUAAUUACCUGAAAAUAACAGGGAACUUCUUAAAACAUUAACCCGAAUUUCACUCCUUAAGUAGAUUGCAAAACUAGAAUUUACCUUUACAUGGAUUUCUCAGCAUAUAUACUAAAAAUUAUGUAAAGUGCCCAUUACAUUUUUUGUGGCUCAAGGAUCCUGUCUUCUAGUUUGAGUGUCUAAAACUGAGCCAUUUGUCAUUUUCAGCUGAACAGUUGGUUCUUGGAAGCUUAAAGGUAUUCUAAUGACAGGUUAUAAAUUAAGCAGAGAGAGGGGGCUUGGAGCUAGUUUUUACAUAUUGGAGGAAAGUGUGUAAAAACCAUUGCAAUGUAACCUUUGAUACAAGUGCCACUUUCUGAAUGCAAAUGGCUCACGCUCUUUAGACUACUCUUUGAAUAAUAAGUAAGAUGCAGUCAGGAAAAGUCAGUCAGGGUGAAGGAGAAUUGGUUCCAAGUGAGGCCUUUCCUCCCCAAAUGGACAGUCUCUUGUGUUCAUCACAGCUGGAGUCUGAGUAUAGAUUUGGAGAAAUGGCGGGACUGGGGAGGGAGGUAGGGAGCCAUUUGAAAUUCUCUGAUUUAUUUAAAAGUUCUAAGAAGGAUGUCCACAGUUGUCUUUAGCCUCAGUUCAGCUGAGUUUCCAGGUUUGUUAAACAUUUCAGUGAAGGAGCAAGUGCCUGUGAUAUAAUAUGUUAAGUGUUGCCCUUCCCAAACUUUAUUAACAGCAGAACCUCUCAUAUCAUAACCAAGCCUCUUUUUUGUUUGUUGGGAUUUCUUUGUUUUUAUAUGUUUUGAAAAUUAUAAUAGAGAUGAAUAGUGAGGUUUGUAACACCCUUUGGAUGAGAGAGUGGCUACACUCCACAGAGCUGACCUGAAUUCCCAUUACUAAUACUUUUGAAGUAAUUGUAUAACCAAGUAAAAUAGCAGUUAAUUCCUAUGGUAUGUCACAUACUUCUUCCACCCUACUCAGUAAUUAAAGUUACUAUUAUUAAUCAGUGGUAGAACCA